AUGAGACACAAAAGGUCCAGUCACUCCAAGCCAAGGAGGUCCAAAACUGAUAGCCUGAAUUCCCUACCACAAAAAGAUAAAUUAGGAAAAAGGCGACCUUGGACACCUAAGGAGGAUGAUGCAAUUCAAAGGCUUGUAUACAGUGCUUAAUUAUAUAUAAGCUAUCUAUUUCUCAUGAAAAUAAAUAAUUAAUACAAAUUAAUAUGCUAUACAUGAGAAUGGGACAAAGCAAUGGACCGUAAUAUCAGAAAAACUAAACCAGUUAUUUAGUUUUCCUGGUAGAACUGGCAAACAGUGUCGGGAACGUUGACACAAUCAUCUGAACCCGGGGAUAAAUAAAGAUGAUUGAAGUUUAGAAGAAGAGUUGAUUUUAUUUGAAAACCAUGAAGGCCUUGGCAAUAAAUGGGCAGAAAUUUCAAAAUUCCUGCCUGGAAGGACCGAUAUUCCCUUUUUCCAUAAAUUCCUCUAUAAUUAAAUUUGUAUUUUUUAUUGCCAAUUCAAGGUAAAUUAUUAUAAUUCAAUUAAAAAUCACUUUUACUCGACACUCAGAAAACAAUACAGGAGAUUAAAGGGUAGCGAUGGCACCAGAGAGCAGCUGAGGAAGCACGACAAACAGCUCACAAUGAGCAUUCUGGCAGCACUACACAAAAAAAAUCGCCAGAAAAGGGCAAAUUCAUUCGCCAAGGCUAAAGAGGAGUUUUAUGGGAAUGACGAAAAUAUGAUAGAGUCCCCACCAAGCUUGCCAGAUUUGCCACUGGAAGAGACGGAUUUUAUUAUUACAGGCCAUCAAAUACCACUCCCACCGCCUGUAUCUCCUGUGUACUUUGAGGAAGCUCCAGUAGAAUUCGUAUGGACAGAUGACCCGUUUAUAUCAGACGAGGUGUUCCUGAUGCCAUACAAUUCUCAAGAUGAGCUCUUCAUGUAG